AUGGCGUGUGAAGAGGCUGUGCCAAUCGCAGGGCCCUGCCUGGAGGAGUUGGACCAGUGGUGUGCAGCUGUGAAGCCGGGCGAGGGCCGCCUGGCCAAGUGCAUCACUGACCAGCUCGCGGACGAAUCCAAGCCUGGCUAUGCCGGCACAAAAACCAGCGAGCCGUGCAAGAAGGCGCUGACCUCGUUCAAGAUCGAGCGCUCCGACAAUAUCAACCGCGACCUGCCGCUGGCCAAGGCCUGCAAGACGGACGCAGACAAGCUGUGUGCUGGCAACUUUGAGCACUACAGCAUUCUGGGGUGCUUGCGUGAGCAAGUGGAGGAUCUGGGUGCGGCCUGCAAGGAGGAGGUCUUCAAGCGCCAGAUGGAGGCCGCCAAUGACUGGCGCACCGACAAGGAGCUCAAGGAAGCUUGCGAUGCGGACGUCGUGAGCAACUGCAAGGAUGCCAAGGCAGAGAGCGGGGAGGUGCAGGAGUGCCUGGCCAAGCACCGGCCGCUGCUGUCAUGGGACUGCCAGGAGCAGCUGUUCCGCCAGGAGGUGGAGAACGCUGAGGAUCUGCGCCUCUCCAUCAAGCUCUUCCACGCCUGCCUCGCAGACAAGAAGACGUUCUGCGCGGACGUGCCUCCGGGCAAUGCGCGCGCGAAGGAGUGCCUGGAGGACAACCGGGAGCAGCCCGGCUUCAGCCCUGCCUGCAAGGUGGAGGUGGAGAAGAUGAUGGAGGCGCGCGCCGCCGACUUCCGUCUCGACCCCAAGCUGCGCGUGCUCUGCGAAGAGGACAUCCAGCAUGUGUGCGGCUUUGAGCGCGACUCCAUGGACACUGUCGUGGGCUAUGACGCUCGUGUCAUCCAGUGCCUUCAGGACUACAGGGACGAGAUCCAGUCGCCAGCAUGCUCGGCGCGCGUGCAGAAGAUAAUGGAGUACGCGUCCAGCGACAUCCGCUUCGACGUGCCCCUGGCCGAGGCCUGCUUCGAGGACCGCCAGGAGUUCUGCUCCAACGUGCCCCCCGGCUCCGCCCGCGUCAUCCGCUGCCUGCAGGACAGGCGGCUGGAGCUGAGCUACGAGUGCAAGGCGACGCUGUUUGACCAGGAGGUGCGCAUGGCGGAGAACAUCGACUUCCAGUUCCCCAUGAAGCAGGCCUGCAGCGCCGACAUCGGGCGCUACUGCAAGGACGUGCAGCACGGCCACGCCAAGAUCAUCCGCUGCCUGGAGGAGAACAUGGAGCAGCCCGCCUUCAACGCCACCUGCAAGGCCCAGGUCCAGAAGCAUGCCGCCAACGCCGCCACCGACUACAGGCACGAUGCCCACUUCGCCUGUGAGUCUGUCGGGGUGCACAGGCUGAACUACCGGCUGAGCAUAGCGUGCCACGACACGAUAAUGGACAAGUGUGCCGACGCGUGCACGUCCACGUCCAUCGACCAGCCCUGCGGCGGCACCGUGCUGCGCUGCCUCACCGAGAAGCUCGAGGAGGUCACCGACGCUGAGUGCAAGAAGGAGGUCUUCUACUUCGUCAAGAUGGAGGUGCGGGACUUCAGGAACGACAUCAUCCUGGCAGAGGCUUGCCACAGCGAUGUGGAGACCUAUUGCAAGGACACUCCAGCCGGGGAGGGGAGGGUGCACACGUGCCUGCGGGAGAAGUACGACAAGCUGACGGACGCCUGCCGCAAGGAGGAGCUCAAGCUGGCCAUCCUGCAGUCCCAAAACACCGAGCUCAUGCCCAACCUGGCCGCCGCAUGCAAGGCGGAGCGCGCGGCGCAUUGCCAGGGGGUGCGGCCGGGCAAGGCGCGCGUGUUCACGUGCCUCCUGUCGCACAUCGAGUCGGCGGACUACAGCGCCGGCUGCCGCGACCAGCUGGCCGCCCAGCAGGCGCGCCGAGUCAAGGACUGGCGCCUCGACUACGACCUGCGCCAGGCCUGCAAGGACGACGUCCCCAAGGUAUGCGCGGAAGCACGGUCGGAGGAGGACAAGGGCACGGGUGCCAUCCUCAAGUGCCUGGUGUCCAAGGUGGACAGCCUGUCGUCCUCGUGCGCGCGCGAGACCGGCCGCGCCGCACGGUACGCGCUGCAGUUCUACCAGCCCAAGGCGCCUGUCACCGACAUCUGCGAUUCCGACAUCGCCGCCCUCUGCCUCGGCUCCCAGGGCCUCGAUCAGUUCGGCAUCGGCCAGGUGAGGGCGUGCCUGGCCAGCCAGAUAGCCGUCGCCUUGCCACCAGAGGUCCAGGUGCCCAACGACAAUAAGGCAGUGAGGAGGCUGGCAGAGGUGCCUAAGGAGGCGGCCAAGCCGGUGUCCAAGCUGGCGCCGGCGUGCGACACGCUCGUGCGCUUGGCGGAGCCCGGCGACGUGUACGCGCACUACAACACGGCCAUGAGCGCCGCCGCCAUCUCCACCCAGAUCAAGACCAUUGAGCAGCGCCUGGGCCUCAAGGAGGGGACGUUGACGCCCAAGGAGGCGGGUGUGGGCUUUCUGACUCUGACGGGCUGGAGCGCUGUGCUGGGCAUCAUGGCGCUCAUUGCGGUGUCCAUCUUUGGGGCGGUGUACGGGUACUGGAAGUACAAGGGCUACGACAAGAUGACCACCUACACGCGCGUGCAGAAGGGCGAGCCGGGGCCCAGCACCUGAAGGCCCCAAAUUUCAUUAUUUGUGCAGUACUUGGAGGCCCCAUAUUACGUAAUAUGAGCAUGCUCAGGUACCCGGAUUGGCACGCAUUUAAGGUGCUGAACGGCAUCAACAUAGUGCACCAUGUUCCGCAGUUCUGAUUCUGCAAAGAAUCCGCAAGAGCCUUUGUCACAUGUGUAUUGUACCGAUUCGGUCUAUUUGCUUUGCCCAUAUAUGAUGUCGCAUGGGUGUCCGGCACUGCGCAAGUGAGAGACUGUUCUGCUGAAUGUUGGAGACUGAACGAUUCGUCUCACAGAAAGGAAUUGAAAUAACACGACUCAUGGUUUGACUUAGUAAUAAAUGCUUGAUCAAAUUUAAAACUGGUCAACGGCGAUGCAGUGUGAUGGAGAAAGGCAUAUCUACGAUC